UGUAUACCGCGGAUUACAUUGGUAACCACCGGAGACACCAAUACAAAGCUGAUCCACCAGGCUGAGUAUACAAGUCGAUUGGCGAAUAUAGCUGUCACAUGCGCAACGAGGCUAGAGUGAUCCAUGAUAUGUGGCAUUUCCAAGAGAUGAACACGACGGUAUCAUUUUCUUUCUUAGGAUGUAGGUGGACGGCAGACCCGGAAGCCAUGUUGCAGCCUAUGAAAACCAGGAGUCGACAGAGGAACUCAUCCUUCGGAGCAGCAAAUGUCGACAGCAGGCAACCCUCCAGACUGACCGGUCUUUGAUCUUGAAUGAAUAGACAUCAUGGGAGGCAGUGCUAAGAGCUCAAAUACUCGGAGGCCUCGAUGAUCCUGCAUACUACUACUUAAGCAGCCGAAUCACCUCGACA